AUGACUUCGCAAUUAGGUGGUAUACUGUGGAUUUACAAUAAGUGGAAUAUGUUAGAAAAUGUUCCUCUUGACGUCUUUUUGCCUAAUGACCAAAUAAAUAAAUAUUUUAAAAAAGAUCAAGUUGGAGUAUUCCUUUUAUCUAUUGCUAUGUAUGAUAAAAUUAAGCUGACUGAUAAUAAAUUACUGUACGAUAUAUUGCAAAGCUGGAUAUGUACUAAUAUUAGUGCAGAAAUAAUAAAAAGCUCUCUGUUUGUACGAGCACUGACUGUAGCUAUUGUCAUUGUAUGUUUGAGUAAGUCACUACUUCUGAACAUAUAAUAAAAUAGUUACUCAACUAAUCAAUAUUUUGAUCAAUUGUUGACCCAUUAUAUUAAAUUGAAACCACUUCCAAAAAAUGAAAUCCAGGCACGAGAAGUACAAUGUAUGUUCGGCAUUCAAAUAAUGUCUGCUACACUUGAACAUCCUAGAGGAAUGGUCUUAACACUGUUCAAUAAGCUCCAUCAGGAUAGAGUUAUAAGUAAAGAAUCGUUUGAACUAUUCGUACAAGAAUAUGAUAAAAUAGCUGUAAAAUAGACUGAGU